CUCAGGUGCUCUUUAGCUGUUUGUAGAAAUCACUAGAAAGCCAAUCGACAAGAGAACAAACCUUCACAUUCUGUCUCCAUUCUGACUGUUGCCCCCAGGUAAAUGGGAUUCUUUUGAAGUCAGGUACUAAAGUGUCUGGUAUUUGGUGACGCUUGUCAAUAAAGUGGCACUUAAUCUAUGUAAUUUGCACUUCUUAUGACAGUGUGACAUACUUAUGUGUCCCAUGAUGGUGUAAAAUCAAUUGAAAGCAGUGAUUAUAGCAGCAUAAUGGGCUCAGUAGAGGAUGGAAAGCCUCUUUUUCUUCCUUGGCUGAGGAAUCUGUGGAGGAAACAUUGCUUCAAGAAUCCAAUCUAGUUUGCUGGCAGUGUUGGCUGGCACAAACCUAAACUAAAUACUGUUUAUGGAAGAUGGUCCGACUUUGUAUCCUGAAGUCCCAGGCUAGGCCUUGUGCACUGAAGGAAAGAACAAGUUGCAUUUCGGCUUUACUUCUCUCUAGACCCUCUUGUAAUACAGUUUCAUUCAAUGAAUCUGCUGGGGUCUGCUACCAGUAGACUAAAUUCAAUCUAAGGCCAAUACCAAGUUCAACCACAUUUUUCAUAAAAAAAUGAGAGAGACUUAGCUGAAGAAGGCUUGAACAAGUUCAACCAUCUUGAAAGUCAAGAGAACAGAAGAGAAAUUAGAGAGAAUCAACUACGAAGAACCAAAAAUAAUCUUCACAGGUAACCAUCUGCAUAGAAUAGUAAACUUCCUUUGCCUUGGUGUAUUACGUCACUGUCAGCGCGGGACUAGUAACAUGGUAGUUCCUGGUUCAUCAUAAAAACACAAUCAGGCUGACGUCAUACCAAGGAUCAUAUCGUUAGCCACCGCAAGGCCAGUGAUCUGCAUCCUAGCCAGGCUCAUUACGAUUCUCUCACUCCAUGACCUGACUGUCCAUCACGCAUCAGAGUGACAGCUAACCGUUGAAUCGUCUACGAGUGCGUGUACAAACUGGGAACAUGUGCGGAGUGCCGAGUAGCCGGUGAACUCAUCACAGAUAUCUCGCAUGGAAAGUACACACAACGUGCCAGCAUUGCAGAUGCUAUUUCGACUGACUUCUUGAAGCACCAAGUAAGGUACACUUCAUCAUUGGUGUAGGAGUUUCUACUAUCAUCUCAUCUGAUAGAUUUUAAUAUUCAAAAGGCACUGCGGAAACAUAACCAUGGAAUAUCCAGAGGAGAAGUCGUUCAACAAUAACAGUAAUAUCAUGGAUGGUCUACAUGUUGGAAACGGUCAUUCAAACCAUGUGCAUACUAUCAACUCUAGCAACAAUGCCAGUCCAGGUAUUCGAACAAUUAGCACCAUUUCGCCAGGGGACCUUGAUGUCAUUGGUGUUGAGCAUCAGAAGCCAUCAUCAAAUGGAUACAGUUCGGUCAAAACUCGUGUUGCGUACGAGGAUGAAAGUGUCGACAAUGUCAUUGAAGAGGAGCAUAUGUGCGGAUGGGGGAAGAUACAUCCCAAAUCAUUACAGUGCUGUUCCAAGAUUCCCUGGUUUCUUGUAUUUCUUUGUAUAUUCGCCAUUACGCAGGGUAUCACUGUUAACGGACUUGUCUACGUCAUCACUACAACGUUAGAGAGGCGUUUCAAACUUCCCUCCGUGCGGAGCGGUUUCAUCUCCAGCUCUUACGACUUCUCAGUCAUGGUCGUCAUCGUCUUUGUCACGUAUUUCGGCGAGCGUCGCCACAAACCGAGAAUCCUUGCCUUUGGAGCGUUCAUCUUCGCCGUGGGUUCUUUUAUAUUCAUGCUUCCCCAAUUCACAACACCAAACUAUGAAUUCCGAUCAUCGGAUUACGAGUACUGCGAUGAGGGCCGUAACGGGACGGACCCUUGUGACUCUGUAGAGGAGACCAGUGGGCUUUCAUUAUAUUUUUGGGUAUUUGUUGGGGCGCAAUUUCUUCAUGGCUUGGGGGCAGCACCCCUCUACACACUCGGAAUUACAUACAUUGAUGAAAAUGUGAAGCCCAAGAUGACUUCUCUUUAUAUUGGAAUCUUCAAUGGAGCAUCAUUACUUGGGCCUGCCUUUGGCUAUGUGCUUGGAGGGAUGUUCCUCAGCAUCUACACAGAUCUUGGUGUUGAUCAUGAAAGCCUUGGUCUAGAUCCAGAUAGCCCCCUUUUUGUCGGAGCCUGGUGGAUGGGUUUUAUUCUUACUGCUUUCCUGGCUCUUAGUAUCAUCAUUCCAUUUCUUGCAUUCCCAAAGUCUCUUCCAGGUCAACAUCAUCUGGCCAAAGAGCGGGUCAACGAAGCCCACAAGGGAGCUGAUUUCUCUACCAGAGAGGGCUUUGGCAACAGCCUCAGGGACUUCCCAAAGGCUACCCUUGUCCUAGUGAAGAAUGUCCCUUUCAUGUGCAUCUGUGGUGCCGCUGCCACCGAAUGGUUCCUACUGGCAGGGUUCGCAGUCUUUGCACCCAAGUUCCUAGAAUCGCAGUUUAGUCUGUCAUCCAGCUGGGCAGCUCUGUUAGUUGGUUUUACCGUCAUCCCAGCAGCCGUAGGGGGCUCCAUCAUCGGUGGAUAUGUGGUCAAGAAGUUCAAUCUUAAAUUCCAAGGGAUGAUCAAGUGGUGUCUUCUAGUUCUGACCAUCUCUUUCUUCUUCCUUGGAGCAUUCAUCAUCAGCUGCCCAAACCCUAAUAUUGCUGGAGUCACUGUCGAGUAUGGAGAAAUAGAUGUUGAUGUGACGUCAAGAGGAACUGAAUUGGAGCACACUUGUAAUGGGGAUUGCUUCUGUGAUAGUAUGUUUCAACCAAUAUGUGGAGUCGAUAACAUCAUCUAUUACUCGGCCUGUCAUGCUGGUUGUGUGGAUAGCUGGGAAGAAGAGGGGUAUGGCAACUGCAGCUGCAUCGCAGUUCCCGAUAACUUCACAUCAGACUUGCCAAUGGCCACGUUGGGAAAGUGUGACUCGUCCUGCGGCUGGACCAAUGUCUUUCUUGCACUCCUCUUCUGUAUUGAAUUCUUCACUAUCCUUGCCGUAGUACCUUCCACUACAGCCACAUUGAGAUGUGUUCCACAUUCACAGAGGUCAUUUGCUCUUGGUUUGCAGUCAUUAAUCUACCGAGCUUUAGGUACUGUACCCGGUCCUGUAGUCUUUGGAGCUAUCAUAGACAAGGCCUGUCUGCUGUGGGAGAACUCGUGCGACGGUCAAGGAACAUGCUGGCUCUACAACAAUGCUACCUUCAGCAAAUCAAUGCUCAUCUUGGCUGCAUGCAUUAAAGUAGGCUCCCUCCUCUUCUUCCUGGGGGCGCUCUUCUCUUACAGACCACCUCCGCCCCCUCCCGUAGGGUCACCAAGGGUCGCUGCCAGGCACGCCGAAGGAAUGAGGAAAAACGGAGCCGUUCCAAACGGGAUAUAUCGUCAGAUCCCUCCACAUUCAAGCAUGGACGAUAUACAUAAUAAUUCAAGACAGACCACAGUUUAAGUGGUGUAUUUUUUCAUUCUCAAGUCCAUUACUAAAUAGGGAGUACUGUCAUUUUUAUGAAAGAAUUAUUUGAAGUUUUAUUGAGCUAUAAAAGUUUUGAUUUUGGUAUUUUUUCAGCUUGAAGAGCAAAGACAAUUUGAUAAGCAUUCUGCCAAUUUUCUUACACAAAAGUUUUAAAUAUUCAUCUAUUAUUAUUGUUUAACAUUCUUUUAAUGCUACCUUUUAUGGAAUGUUGAAAUAUAAUAAAUAAACCUAGAAUGGCUGCUUAAAUUGGUGAUAUUUGAUACAGCUGAGCAAAAUAUCUUCCAGAGAGAAAGUAUUUAUAUACUUGAAAGGUGUUUCCUCCAACUAAAAGUCUUCCAAUAAUCUUGAUAACUUUGCUGCUACGUAAUCAAAAGAGUUACCCACAUUUAUCAUAAAGGGUAGUGUAUAUUUUUUUUAAUGUUCGUCAUCAGUCUUCUAAUUUUAACUUUGGAAAUUGAAUUCCAAUUCAUAAUUAACAAGUACUGUUAAAAACACAUUUAAUUCAUGUUUGGAAGAUUAGACUGACUUUCAAUACAACUGUGUUAAUUUUACUAAUAAAAUUAAAAACUGAAAUUAUUUUGAUUUUGGCUGUGCCACUAAUACUUAAACGGCAUCUCACCGAGAGUUUGUGCUACAUGCACAUCUUUUAGAAGGCACUCUACUCAGUGUGUUUUAAUGUAUUCCCCAUUCUUUGUCACCAUGCUACAAUGGUAGCAUUAACAGCAAACAAAUGCUCAUUGGAAUUUUCGCCAAAACACAUGGCAUGCAUAUAUGUUGAGAUGCCUUACUAUUGUGAUGAAAUUGGCAUGACAAAUUUUUAGCUUGAUGGUAAACUGAUUCUUUUUUUUUCCUUUAAAAGAAAUCAUUUGCGAAGGUUUUUUUGAAGCUGAGUACCUCUAAUCACAUUGUCAUCAUUUUCUGUUAAUCUAGGUUAGUGUACGUGAUUGAAAAUUUCAAAAAUAUUCUAUUCUUAUACUUUGUCACAGAUCAUUCCUACUAUUAAAUGCUAUUUCUUUUACCUAUAUUAUAAAAAUGUUUGCAGAUUAUAGUUGUCAAGAGCAUAUUUGUAUAUUUUGGCUAAAUUGAUUUAGAUUAUUCUGUAUUAUUAUGGCAUUAUAAAAUAAAGCUAUUGCAUGAAAUGAGAGGAUGUUUGAUUUCAAGCAUUUUACUUAAUUGAGGAAAUAAAAAUUGGUCUGAAUUCACAAUGGAAGAUAAACCCCAACCUAGGUUUUUUUUUUUUUUUUUAACUUAAUAUGAUCCAAUUAUGUAAUUACUGUAGGUUUGUACAUGGGCAAUACACACUUAUUUGCACUUCUUAGAAAUUCUCUUGUGAAUCCUGGAUUAUCUAUUUUGUUUUUGAAAAAUCAAGACAUAUGUUGAUGUGAUUUUGUAUAAAAAGAAUCUUAAUGAAUUUUUAAUAAAGUAAAAAUUAGUUAGAACACAUGCAAUUUAUUUGAUUAUUUAGGUGUGUCAAGAAAGGAGGGACGGGGGAAGAGGAUGGGGGUAUUCCAUUUCACAUUUUACUAAGAAUAUAAUAGAAUUUAGGUGAAUUUAUAGGCAGUUAUCGUAACUGCUGGUUAUGAAUAUAUUCAUGCUAUAUGUUCAUUGAGUUAUGUUGCGUUACUUUGACCAUGAAUAAUCAAUACAUAUUGAUUUGUUUUUAUUACUAAGGUAUAUAUUCCUGUCAUAUUGAAAUUGCAAUAGUGCUAACAAUUUGUGUAUUUGGGAAAUGUUUCGGAUUUGUUUCACUUAAUGAAAUGGAGGUUAUCUUUGAAAUUUGGAAAUUAUGAUAUUAUUUACAAUUUGACUUUAACAAAUGUAUUCUUGUAACCCUAUAUAUCAAUUAUUUAAGUUAUUUAUUUUGAGUUCCUGUGCUUAUGGCCCUUAAAAUGGGUAAAUAUACUUUAGUUUUGCUGUACAUGUUAGAUCAAUUUUAUGUGAAAGAUUGAUUUUAAUAUUCCUGUGCUAAUAGCUAUGCAUUCAGCAUGUCAUGUAUUCACUGUGGUGCAUUUGAUACUUAUAUGUACAGCAUUAUAUAAGCUAAACAAAUGCUAUGCAAUUCAUAUUCUCUCUCUCUCUCUCUCCCUCUCUCUUUAUCUCUGCCUAUCUUUGUAAAUCUCGCUUUCCUUCUCUUGCUCUCUGUCUGUUUUCUUUCUGUCUCUCUCUGGUUCAAAAGAUUGCAAUAUGAAAAGAAGUUCUUUUGUUGCCAAUGGUUUCAUAGACUGAAUUUAACAAUAAAAUCACAAAUCGAAC